AUGUCUGGUCGCGGCAAAGGCGGGAAGGGCCUUGGCAAGGGCGGCGCCAAGCGGCACCGCAAGGUCCUGCGCGACAACAUCCAGGGCAUCACCAAGCCCGCCAUCCGGCGCCUGGCCCGCCGCGGCGGUGUCAAGCGCAUCUCGGGUCUCAUCUACGAGGAGACCCGCGGCGUGCUGAAGGUCUUCCUGGAGAACGUGAUCCGCGACGCCGUCACGUACACGGAGCACGCCAAGCGCAAGACGGUCACGGCCAUGGACGUGGUGUACGCGCUCAAGCGCCAGGGCCGCACGAGGACUUUGCAUUUAUAAAUACGAUCGCGUAAGCGUUCCUGCUCUGGUUUCGGUUUCCCGUUAACUAUGGCUCGUACAAAGCAGACGGCGCGCAAGUCCACGGGCGGCAAGGCCCCGCGCAAGCAGCUGGCCACCAAGGCGGCCCGCAAGAGCGCGCCGGCCACGGGCGGCGUGAAGAAGCCGCACCGCUACCGGCCCGGCACCGUCGCGCUGCGCGAGAUCCGCCGCUACCAGAAGUCCACCGAGCUGCUGAUCCGCAAGCUGCCGUUCCAGCGGCUGGUGCGCGAGAUCGCGCAGGACUUCAAGACGGACCUGCGCUUCCAGAGCUCGGCCGUGAUGGCGCUGCAGGAGGCGAGCGAGGCCUACCUGGUGGGGCUGUUUGAGGACACCAACCUGUGCUUGGUUUUUGCUCUUGUUGGCAGCAUGUCUGGUCGUGGCAAGGGCGGUAAGGGCCUUGGCAAGGGCGGCGCCAAGCGGCACCGCAAGGUCCUGCGCGACAACAUCCAGGGCAUCACCAAGCCCGCCAUCCGGCGCCUGGCCCGCCGCGGCGGUGUCAAGCGCAUCUCGGGUCUCAUCUACGAGGAGACCCGCGGCGUGCUGAAGGUCUUCCUGGAGAACGUGAUCCGCGACGCCGUCACGUACACGGAGCACGCCAAGCGCAAGACGGUCACGGCCAUGGACGUGGUGUACGCGCUCAAGCGCCAGGGCCGCACGCUCUACGGCUUCGGCGGCUGAG